AAGUGGGUGGGGUGAAAGGAACUGCUGAGGUUUUCUUGUUUGCAGCAGCCGAGACUACGGGCUAUUUGGGGUGCUUGCUGGUCCUAUUCUCCAAGGGUAAGGUUCUUCCCUCCGCCCCCCGUUGAAUCCAGCCCCACGGACGGCACCAUGGAGUUCCCAGAUCUAGGUGCCCACUGCUCGGAACCGUCCUGCAAGCGCCUUGACUUUCUUCCCCUUAAAUGUGAUGCUUGUGAACAGCUAUUCUGCACUGACCAUGUUGCCUAUGCCCAUCACAACUGCACUUCAGCUUACAAGAAGGAUGUGCAGGUCCCUGUGUGCCCACUCUGCAGCACACCCAUCCCCGUGAAGCGAGGAGAGAUGCCUGAUAUCGUGGUGGGAGCUCACAUUGACCAGGACUGCAAAUCGGACCCAGCUCAGCGUAAACGCAAGAUCUUCACCAACAAGUGUCAGCGGCCCGGCUGCAAGCAGCGGGAGAUGAUGAAGGUCCUCUGCGAUCAAUGUCAUGGCAACUUCUGCCUCAAGCACCGGCACCCACUGGAUCACGGCUGCAAGGGGCCUGGGCACUCGCUCUCCAAGGCAGGGAAUGCCGCACUUGCCAGGGCUCAAAAGUCUGCCAAAGCACCACCUGCAAGCACCGCAUCCAGCAAUGGAGCCACGAGAUCUCUUGCGAGCCCACCGACCUCCAGCAGAGCCAAUGAGAUGGCAAGAGCAGCUACGCCCCAAAGCACAUCUCCACCAGCCAUUGCCCUGCAGAAUGGAUUGAGCGAGGAGGAAGCGUUGCAACGAGCCUUGGAGAUGUCCCUGGCAGAGACAGUGCCCGCACAGCCACAACCCCGCAGUACCCAGGAAGAGGAAGACCUGGCAUUGGCUCGGGCUCUUUCAGCUAGUGAGGAAGAAUACAGACGGCAGCAGCAGCAACAGGUGAACAAGAUGAGGAAAUUCCACAAAUAAUUUCCCCAUCCUCCUGUGCAUAGAUUUUGCCAGUCCACCAAAGCUAUUUUGUGAGUAUAUCAGACUGUUCUGUAUCUCAGCAAGGAAGUCUAAAGCCAGUCCAGUCCAAUCACUGGAGACCAAACCAGUGUCUUCCAGCCACUCCAGGGCCUUUUCUCAACAGCUUUACUGUACGGGACUCUGGAGGCUGGAUAUUUCACUGGUUACUAGGUGUGGUAACUUUUUUUAUUAGAUUAACUAGAAUGAAUUGUCCUGCAUGCUCCCAUAGGGAGAUAAGCAGGUAUAUUGAAAGUUCAGACAGAGUCAUGGAACUCAGCGAUUGCUUAAUGUAGUUUAAGUUAAUCCUUAACUAGCUGUCAAGUCAGGAUGACAAAAUGAUGGGACUUCUUCCACCUUACAAUGCAUGUUCAUAUAUAAAGUGGGGUGAUUGUAACCCACCUGUGCAUGUAUAGAGCCAGGGCAUGCUAGUUCCUGUAGAUUGGCUAUGAUAGCCAAUCAGGUAGUGGGUUUUGUAAGUGUCAUAGGAUUUUGUUGCUGUUGUUCAUUCUCAUAGCAAAUGGCCAGCCAAUCAUUUUGGGAGGGGAGGGAGGAAUGUGCUCCCAUUUCUGACUGUUCUCACCCUCCCCAUAUUUGUGUCCUAGGCCCGAAGCACGAAACCAUCCAAUUGCUGCCUGUCCUGAGCACAAGAAGAAUUCAGGCUGCCUAGGAAUCGCACCUGGCCACUGUGGCUCUUCCUCUGUUCCUGCCGGGGUUACCUCCCUCUGCUGCUCCCUCAGGGCUACUUAACAGUGAACCAAAGGCUCAGCCCUUGCCUGGUCCUCAUAGAGUCUCUCUCUUUGCCACACAGAUGUAGUCAUGUUGCACCGUGACCGCGUACACCUUCUGGGGCAGGUGGCAGCAUCUCUCCCACUGGAUGGAGCAGCAGUAGCCUUGGGGUGGUGGUACCCAGAGCCAGGGCUAGCCCAGGUCGCAGCAGGGAAAGGGGAUGGGCUGGCAGGAAAUACUGGCAUCAUUCCCAUUAAACCUCUAGCUAUUCUGUCUGGGGAUGUCCCAUAGCUGAGGGGGAUUUAAAGGAGAGAGGCUCAUUACCAGCCUCUUCUCUGUCUCAGCCUGUGGCAGUCCCACAGUUGGACAGUAGGUGGUGCUAAACACUUUUAUUUCCCACCUCGUUUUUUGGUGCUGCUGGGCUUCUUCUAGCUACCUGUUUCAGUGGGGGAGAUCUCUUCCUAAAACUGCUAUUGCACAGAUACAAUAAUUGGGAUAGCUCAGAUGAUGCAGUGAGGGAGCAUUCCUGGAACUGUCACAGCAAGUGAAGUGAGACGCCUGUUUCAUGUAACCCUUUCUCUGCUGGAAGGUGACGCCUGAAUCCUCCCAUUCUCCCUGUUUCGAGUCACUCUGCUGCUGCUGCCAGCCCCUUGCCAGGACUUGGUGACAUUUGGCCUGCCAAAGAUCAGCCUUGAGGCGACCAGUAGUCCGCUGGCGGUCCUGUGGUGGUAGAGAAAGGUUCUUCCUACUUCCAGUAGAUGGCCAGUUGCUAUAGAUUGCAUGUUGCAAAGCUGGCUGGCCCCAGGGGGCACCCGUACCUCAGUGACGACAUGGAUGUCUGUCUUCUGUCUGAUGCAUGCUUUGGUCAGAGAAGGUCUUCUACCAGGUGUGGGUUUUUUUCUUCUACCAGGUGUGGUUUUUUUCUACCAGGUGUGAUUUUUUUUUAACAGCCUUGAGCUUCCAGCUGUAUGCUCUGCAGCCGUUCUUGCGUCUCCCUCUGCAGGGGCCACUUCACCAUCCAGCAUUCUGUGCCUUUGCUGUAUCACCUACUGGAUUGGAGGAGGAGGGGAGAUUUGGUGGCAGGGCAUUGUGGGAAAGCUGGUAGGAGCCAAUAAACUCACAGAUGCAAAUAA